UCUUGGAGUCUUGGGUGGUGCGACGCACUUCCCCCUUUGCCGAAUUCACUGUCGUCUUCGUCUUCGAUCCCAGGGCGCUGUCCUUCCGAACCACACGCGUCUGCUUCGUGCCUUCGCAUUCAAUUCGAUUUGGAAAAAUUCCCAUUCAAAUUCGAAAGGCCCCCCGACAUCGAAAUCCCGACUCUGUUCUUGUCCCCUCAAUGGUGGGCUCAUUCCAUUUUCAGCUGCGCUCCUGAAACAAUCCCACCGCAUUGGGACCGUACUCGUUCCGGCGUUCUGGGAUUGGUCCGCCGUCUCUCUCCCCUCCGCGCCUCGCGCUCCCCUCGAUAGCUCUGUCUCUCACAGCUCUGGAGCCAUCAAUGGCAGACCUGAAGGAGCGUCUCCUCGCACCAAAACCAGCAUCUGCUAUAAACCUUAGGGAGGCAUCUUAUAGACUAUCCGUGUCUGGACGCCAACCUUUCCAUGGUGUGGAUGUUCUAGGGCUGAAAAAGCGGGGCCAAGGCCUUCGCUCUUGGAUUCGUGUCGACACUUCUGGUAACUCAGAGGUCAUUGAGGUGGACAAGUUCACGAUGAUGCGUCGAUGUGAUCUUCCUGCCCGUGAUUUACGCUUGCUCGAUCCAUUGUUUGUGUACCCCUCCACCAUUCUUGGUCGAGAGAAGGCAAUUGUGGUUAACUUGGAGCAGAUUCGGUGUAUCAUCACAGCAGAUGAGGUUCUGCUUUUGAAUUCCCUUGAUAGCUAUGUUUUACAGUAUGUUGUGGAGCUACAACGCCGGUUGACCACAGCUGGGGUGGGCAGAGUCUGGAAGGCUGAAUGUGCUGACUUGAGCGGGAGAAGAGGAAGCAGAAACUUUGACAAUAUUUUUGGGGAUACAUCCCCGGAUAAUCUUCCUUUUGAAUUUAGGGCCCUUGAAGUAGCGCUUGAAGCUGCCUGUACUUUUCUUGAUUCUCAGGCAGCAGAACUCGAGAUUGAAGCUUAUCCCUUGCUAGAUGAGCUUACUUCGAAGAUUAGCACGUUGAAUUUGGAGCGUGUCCGUCGAUUGAAAAGCAGACUCGUUGCAUUAACUAGGAGAGUGCAGAAGGUUAGAGAUGAGAUAGAGCAGCUGAUGGAUGAUGAUGGAGACAUGGCAGAGAUGUACCUCACUGAAAAGAAACGAAGGAUGGAGUCAACAAUUUAUGGUGAUCAGUCUUUGUUGGGAUACAGAUCAACUGAUGGUGCUUUAUCUGUCUCUGCACCAGUUUCUCCCAUUGGUUCCCCUCCAGAUGGGCGGAAGCUGGAGAAGAGCUUGAGUAUUGCCAGGAGCCGGCACGAGAGCAUGAGGAGUUCAGAAAGUGCGAUGGAGAGCAUUGAAGAACUUGAGAUGUUGCUGGAAGCAUAUUUUGUUGUGAUCGAUAGCACAUUAAACAAGUUGACCUCGCUGAAGGAGUACAUUGACGACACAGAAGAUUUCAUCAAUAUUCAGCUGGACAAUGUCCGGAACCAGCUAAUCCAAUUCGAGCUGCUGCUGACAACCGCGACUUUUGUAGUCGCCAUCUUUGGCGUGGUGGCUGGGAUCUUCGGGAUGAACUUUGCGAUACCAUUAUUUGACGAUGCAGAGGCCUUUAAGUGGGUCCUCAUGAUUACAGGAGUGACUGGGAUCACCAUAUUCUUAGCAUUUUGUUGUUUCUUCAAGUAUAGAAGACUAAUGCCGCUAUAGACAGAUAUGCAAGGAUUGGAUUUGCCAUUAAAGGAAUUGUAUAAUCAUUCAUCAGCAUCAUUCUUAUAGUUAGUCAAUGUGUAAUUCAUCGACAGCAUAAUUGGAAAUGAGAAUGUGCUUCUUUCUUUUGGCGA